AUGGCUUCCCCAGCAAACCACUACAAAGUUGCCGACCUUUCUUUGGCUGCCUUUGGCAGAAAGGAAAUCGAAUUGGCCGAACAUGAAAUGCCUGGUCUAAUGGCCAUCAGAGAGGCGUACGCCGACGUUCAACCUCUGAAAGGUGCUCGUAUUGCUGGCUGUUUGCAUAUGACCAUCCAAACCGCUGUUUUGAUUGAAACUUUGGUGGCUUUGGGUGCCGAAGUGACUUGGUCGUCGUGUAACAUCUACUCUACUCAAGACCACGCCGCUGCUGCUAUUGCCGCUUCUGGUGUUCCAGUUUUUGCGUGGAAGGGUGAGACCGAGGAGGAGUAUCUAUGGUGUAUCGAGCAACAAUUGUUCGCUUUCAAAGAUGGCAAGCAAUUGAACUUGAUCUUGGACGACGGUGGUGACUUGACCUCUUUGGUCCACGAGAAACACCCAGAAAUGUUGAAGGACUGUUUCGGUCUUUCUGAGGAAACCACCACUGGUGUUCACCACUUGUACAAGAUGGUCAAGGAGGCCAAGUUGAAGGUCCCAGCCAUCAACGUCAACGACUCUGUCACCAAGUCCAAGUUCGACAACUUGUACGGAUGCAGAGAAUCUUUGGUUGACGGUAUCAAGAGAGCCACCGAUGUCAUGUUGGCUGGUAAGGUAGCCGUUGUUGCCGGUUACGGUGAUGUCGGCAAAGGUUGUGCCGCUGCUCUAAGAGGCAUGGGUGCUCGUGUCAUUGUCACUGAGAUUGACCCUAUUAACGCUUUGCAAGCCGCCAUGGAAGGUUACCAAGUGUCUCCAAUGGAAGAAGUUGCUUCUAUUGGUCAAGUCUUCGUGACCACCACUGGUUGUAGAGACAUCAUCACCUCCGAACACUUCUUGAAGAUGCCUGAAGACGCCAUCGUUUGCAACAUCGGUCACUUCGACAUCGAAAUCGACGUUGCUUGGUUGAAAUCCAACGCCAAGGAGGUCGUCAACAUCAAGCCUCAAGUCGACCGUUACCUUUUGUCCUCUGGAAAGCACGUCAUCUUGUUGGCUGACGGCAGAUUGGUCAACUUGGGUUGCGCCACUGGUCACUCUUCUUUCGUUAUGUCUUGCUCUUUCUCUAACCAAGUACUUGCUCAAAUUGCUUUGUUCAAGUCUCACGACAAGGCGUUCAGAGAGAAACACGUCGAAUUCCAAAAGACUGGUCCUUUCGAAAUCGGUGUCCACGUUCUUCCAAAGAUCUUGGACGAGGCAGUUGCCAAGUUCCACUUGGACAAGUUGGGCGUUCGCUUGACGAAGCUGUCUUCUGUCCAGUCUGAAUACUUGAGCAUCCCACAAGAGGGUCCAUACAAGGCUGACCACUACAGAUACUAA